AUGUCCACCACACCAACAUACAAUCAUCCAGUUAUUAAUGAACGUUCAAAAAGAAUGGUUUGGGUUGACUUGGAAAUGACAGGUUUGGAUAUUUCAAAAGAUGUAAUUUUAGAAAUGGCUAUUGUCAUCACUGACGCAGAGUUAAAUGUUAUUGAAAAAGGUCCAAAUUUAGUCAUUCACAGAUCAGAUGAAGUUUUAAAGAAUAUGAAUGAUUGGUGUAUUGAACAUCAUGGAAAAUCAGGAUUAACAGAAGAUGUAAGAAAUUCAAAGAUAUCAUUAGAAGAAGCAGAGAAAAUAAUGUUAGAAUUUGUGAGAAAGCAUACAGAUAAAGGAAUUUGUCCAUUAGCAGGUAAUACAGUUCAUGAAGAUAGAAGAUUCUUAUUAAAGGAAAUGCCAACAUUUGCAGAGCAUUUACAUUAUCGUAUUAUUGAUGUUUCAACAAUUAAAGAGUUAUCAAGAAGAUGGUAUCCAUACAUUCCAUCACCAAAAAAAGUUUGUGGUCAUCGUGCAUUACAAGAUAUUGAAGAAAGUAUUGAAGAAUUAAAAUCUUAUCGUGUUACUGUUUUUAAAUAA